AAAUUUCUUUUUUCCACAGAGAAUAUGAAACAGGUGUCAAAAUGACAUCCAGAUUUGGGAAAACAUACAGUAGGAAAGGCGGAAAUGGCAGUUCAAAAUUUGAUGAAGUCUUUUCUAACAAACGGACGACUCUUAGUACGAAAUGGGGAGAGACUACAUUCAUGGCUAAGUUAGGGCAAAAGAGGCCCAAUUUAAAAGCAGAUAUCCAAGAAAUUCCGAAGAAACCUAAAGUGGAAGAAGAAGAUACUGGAGAUCCCUUUGGAUUUGACAGUGACGAUGACUCUCUACCAGUUUCUUCGAAGAAUUUAGCCCAAGGUAAGGGUUCCUCUCAUCCAGAACCUGGCGAAGCUGCUCAGCUGGAAGAAGGCACUUCAGUACUUGAAACUAACAGCAGAAUUAGUCAUGCGGUGGGUGAAGACAAUGCCAUGUCUGAGAAAUGCUUACCUUUGGAAGAUUUGUUGCUUGGGACAGAAAAGAGCACAAACCGAAGUACAGAAGAAGAUGCAAGCAAAAGUAGUGGUGUUAAGUUAGUGACUUCAGAUAAAGUGGAGAAUUUUAGUGAAGAACAUGAAAAGAAUAGUCACCAUUUUAACAAAAAUGCUGAAGAUAGUACUAAGAAACUCAGUGUAGAAACCACAGUGGCUUCUGGAUACAAAGCUGAUGAAAUCAAGGAAACAAAUGAUGCUUGGAACUCCCAGUUUGGGAAAAGGUCAGACUCCCCAUCAGAAGUCUCUCCAAUCAAGGGAUCUAUAAGAACUGGUUUAUAUGAAUGGGAUAAUGAUUUUGAAGAUAUCAGAGCAGAAGAUUGUAUCUUGAGUUUGGAUAGUGAUCCUCUCUUGGAGAUGAAGGAUGACGAUUUAAAAAAUCGAUUGGAAAAUCUAAAUGAAGCCAUUGAAGAAGACAUUGUGCAAAGUGUUCUUAGGCCAAGCAAUUGUAGGACGUACUGUAGGGCCAAUAAAACGAAAUCCUCUCAAGGAGCAUCAAAUUUUGAUAAGCUAAUGGAUGGUACCAGUCAGGCCUUAGCCAAAGCAAACAGUGAACCUAGUAAAGAUGGCCUGAAUCAGGCAAAGAAAGGUGGUGUAAGUUGUGGGACCAGUUUUAGAGGGACAGUUGGACGGACUAGAGAUUACACUGUUUUACAUCCGUCUUGCUUGUCAGUUUGUAAUGUUACCAUCCAGGAUACCAUGGAACGCAGCAUGGAUGAGUUCACCGCAUCUACUCCUGCAGAUCUGGGAGAAGCUGGCCGUCUCAGAAAAAAGGCAGAUAUUGCAACUUCUAAGACCACUACUAGAUUUCGACCUAGUAAUACUAAAUCCAAAAAGGAUGUUAAACUUGAAUUUUUUGGUUUUGAAGAUCAUGAUGAGACAGGAGGUGAUGAAGGAGGUUCUGGAAGUUCUAAUUACAAAAUUAAGUAUUUUGGCUUUGACGAUCUCAGUGAAAGUGAAGAUGAAGACGACGAUGACUGUCAAGUGGAAAGAAAGAAAGACAAAAAAAGAACUAAAACAACUCCAUCACCCUCCUUGCAGCCUCCCCCAGAAAGCAGUGAGCAUUUCCAGGAUAGCCAGUCUACUACUAAUAAUGCAGAAAACUUGGAUUUUACAGAGGACUUGCCUGGGGUGCCUGAAAGUGUGAAGAAACCCGUAAAUAAACAAGGAGACAAAUCAAAGGAAAAUACAAGAAAGAUUUUUAGUGGCCCCAAACGGUCUCCCACAAAAGCUGUGUACAAUGCCAGACAUUGGAACCAUCCCGACUCCGAAGAACUGCCUGGGCCACCGGUAGUGAAACCUCAGAGUGUCACAGUGAGGCUGUCUUCAAAGGAACCAAAUCAAAAAGAUGAUGGAGUUUUUAAGGCUCCUGCACCACCAAUCAAAGUGAUAAAAACUGUGACAGUACCUACUCAGCCCUACCAGGAUAUAGUUACUGCACUGAAAUGCAGGAAAGAAGACAAAGAAUUAUACACAGUUGUUCAGCACGUGAAGCACUUCAACGAUGUGGUAGAAUUUGGUGAGAACCAAGAGUUCACUGACGACAUCGAGUACUUGUUAAGUGGCUUAAAGAGCACUCAGCCUCUCAACACACGCUGCCUUAGUGUUAUUAGCUUGGCUACGAAGUGUGCCAUGCCCAGUUUCCGAAUGCACCUGCGAGCACAUGGGAUGGUAGCAAUGGUCUUCAAAACCCUGGAUGAUUCCCAGCACCAUCAGAAUCUGUCUCUCUGUACAGCUGCCCUCAUGUACAUACUGAGCAGAGACCGUUUGAACAUGGAUCUGGAUAGAGCGAGCCUAGAUCUGAUGAUUCGACUUUUGGAACUGGAGCAAGAUGCUUCAUCAGCUAAGCUGCUGAAUGAGAAAGACAUGAACAAAAUUAAAGAGAAGAUCCGAAGACUCUGUGAAACGGUGCACAACAAGCAUCUUGAUCUGGAAAAUAUAACGACAGGGCAUUUAGCUAUGGAGACAUUACUAUCCCUCACUUCUAAACGAGCAGGAGACUGGUUUAAAGAAGAGCUCCGGCUGCUGGGAGGUCUGGAUCAUAUCGUAGAUAAAGUGAAAGAAUGUGUGGAUCAUUUAAGCAGUGAUGAAGAUGAAGAGAAACUGGUAGCCUCAUUGUGGGGAGCAGAAAGAUGUUUACGAGUUUUGGAAAGUGUAACAGUGCACAAUCCAGAGAAUCAAAGCUACUUGAUAGCCUAUAAAGAUUCACAACUGAUUGUUUCAUCAGCUAAAGCGUUGCAGCACUGUGAAGAACUGAUCCGGCAGUAUAACCGCGCGGAGAACAGCAUAUGCUUGGCUGACAGUAGGCCUGUGCCUCCGCAGAGUGUGGCUAACCACGUGGGCAAAGCAGUGGAGGACUGCAUGAGGGCCGUCAUUGGGGUGUUGCUCAAUCUGACUAAUGAUAAUGAGUGGGGCAGCACGAAAACGGGAGAGCAGGACGGCCUCAUAGGCACAGCCUUGGACUGUGUGCUUCAGGUUCCCAAGUACCUACCUCAGGAGCAGAGAUUCGACAUUCGCGUGCUGGGUUUAGGUUUACUGAUCAAUCUAGUAGAGUAUAGUGCUCGGAAUCGGCAUUGUCUCGUCAACAUGGAGACGUCGUGUUCUUUCGACUCUUCCUUCUACGGCGGAGAGAGAGAUGAUAGUUUAAGGAUCGCUGGGCCUGUUCAUGCCGUUCAUGCUUUGGUGCAGCUAUUUCUUGAGCGAGAAAGAGCUGCUCAGUUGGCAGAAAGUAAAACGGAUGAAUUGAUCAAAGAUGCUCCCACCACUCAGCACGACAAGAGUGGGGAGUGGCAAGAAACGAGUGGGGAAAUACAGUGGGUGUCAGCCGAAAAGACUGAUGGCACAGAUGACAGACAGAAGAAGGAGGAGGACGAUGAAGAGCUUGACCUUAACAAAGCCCUUCAGCAUGCUGGCAAGCACAUGGAGGACUGCAUUGUGGCCUCCUACACGGCACUGCUCCUCGGCUGUCUCUGCCAGGAAAGUCCAAUCAAUGUGACCACUGUGCGGGAGUAUUUGCCAGAAGGGGACUUCUCAAUAAUGACAGAGAUGCUCAAAAAGUUCCUGAGCUUCAUGAACCUUACCUGUGCCGUUGGAACGACGGGCCAGAAGUCGAUCUCCAGAGUGAUCGAGUACUUGGAGCACUGCUAGCUCUGCCUGUGCUUCAGGGCUGGGUGAUGCUGGAGCUGCCCUUGGACACGGAGCGGUCGGGAACGAAGUCGUGGAGGACAGCCACCAUGUCGUGCGUGUUUGGGUUUCCGAGACCACCCAGGUCCUUCGUCGUGCGUCCUGCAUUUGCUCUGACAGUUACCACAUCAAUCUGCAGCUAUCAAAAGGGAGGGGAAGGCUCAGCUGCCCAGCCGUGUGGUGCUUAAGUGCACUCACUGCGGCGGGUCUCUGCCCUCCCCGGCCGCGGCUCCACUCCGGGCAUGGCUCGGGGAGUCUCAUGCUGCUGUCAGUGUGACCGUGUGUGCUGAGCCACUGUCCACACCGGCCGGGCAGGGCAGGGCAGGGCAGGGCAGGGCAACGCAGCUCCUGAGCACUUCGAGGCAGCGGCUAGCUCCUUUCCAGGCUCCUUUGCUUUGGCUUUUUUUGUUGAAUGAUUCCAAUCGUAAAUAAAGCUUUUAAUAAUUUUGUGAAUUUUUUUGGUGGUUGUUCCCUGAACUACUGUCUAUAUUUAAAAUUAGAUGGAAUCCAAAGACACAAGGGAUUAAUAGUAUAUUUUUUUAUUCUUGAUUAGGUUUGGGUUAUUGAACUAUUUUUCACUUUUGAGACCAUGACCAUGUUCAAUACCAUGCUGUAACAUGUCAUAGCUAUUAUAGAUGCAAGAAAACAAGUGACAGUGUGAAGGGGUAUUCUAGAAGAGGUGCCCUGUUAAAGGGUUCAGCAAAAUAGACAGGCCCAGGGUAGUUUACACGUAAUGCCAGCGCGGUUCUCGAAACACUGCAUUUUGAGGGCGGGCUCUUCGAUGUAGUUUCUAAUGCUCAGUACAAUAAGUACACGGAACCUCAAGCACCAGUGUGGACUCAUGUUCCAGAUCGCGUGUGUGUCCUUCUGUAGAGUGACAGGAUGGAUCAAUCGCACAAGCGCAAAGCCUUAAACUGCUGGUUUAGAGAAGACCCUUUUUUUUUUCCAUACAGAUUCUUUAUUAAUAGAACAGUUGUUUGGAAAAUAGUUAUGAAACACACAAGACACAUUUUAUAGACUUUAAUUUCACCACAUUGCAGGAUUUUUUUGGGGUUUUUUUUUUGGUAUUAAUGUUCAGACGACUGAUGACAGACAUUUGGUUUUUGUAUUGAUUGGGCCUGAAUACAGGCCUUACAGACACCUCUCUCAUUAGUACUUAAAUACCUUUCAGGUACUUGCAUCAUGUUUCUUCAUUGGAUUUGUAAAACUUGAAGCCAUAAUGAUAUUAGUUUGGUGUGUAUUGGGGAAUAUAGCUAUAAGUCUAACUUUUACCUGGUUAGACACAGUUAUCUCCCUGUAUAAAGUGACAAAUCGGGCUCUUGUACCAGUGCCAGCUGUCAUGUGGCAAUGCAGUGGCUGCCUUCUCUUGUCUUCCUAUUUUUGAUAAUGCAGAUUGUUGGAAAUCUUUGAGGAAGUAACUGAUGCCAGGCACGUUGUCGUCUUCUUCCUCCUCCCCGCCCCAGCCCCCCUCGCCAUUGAAGAGCAGUGUGCCAGUGGGACGUGGGGAGAGCGAGGUCUUGUUUGCCCUGAUGGAAAGCUCGCUUUGCAGACUAUUUUAUGAGCAUAUCAGUACAUGAUAUCCAUAAAAUUGAAUUAGUUAGAUAUCUUUUGUUUAAUUAUUUUAAAAUACAUUGAUAUUUAUUAAUCAUUGGAUUUAGGAAGCGGAACAGAUUUUUGGUAAAAUUGACUUGUGGCAGAUGGUAAGGAAUAUUAUAAAACAUGUGGAUGAGAACAAUCAGGGCGAACUGUUUUUCUGUUACACUGGUAAUCAUUUGAGGAUUGAUUUACCUCGGUGUUUAGCAGUAUUUUUUGUUUUGUUUUAUUUUAAGUAAUAACUAAUUGUCAAGCACUGAUAGAGAUGCAAGUUUUGGUGGGGGUGGAGUGGGGGACAUCACCUCACCACCUGCAGUGCAUUGUGUGUUUUUAUCCCUCGGAGGACUCUGCGUUUUAGGGUACUUGAGGCUGACUUGCAAAUUAACUAAAGUUUUAAAGUAACCUUUUUUCCAUUGUAAAUAUUUCUGUAAAUACUACCAGUUGGAAAUUAGAACAGUAGAGUACUUUUCUGAAUCCAAUCCUAUUUUUAUUUUAUACAGUAUUUCUCAGCUGUGAUCUUUGGAGCAAAAGCCAACGGCAGGAAAAAAUAGUUUGUACCAGUUUCAUGAAGUAUGUCUUUGGGUUUUUGUAAAUAAUUUUAACUCAAAUAAAAUUGCUACUUUCAAUA